UAAGCUGAAAUUCAAACAAGAGACACCAGGCUGAAGACCAUGGUCUCGAAGCUGACUCAUCUCCAAGUGGAGCUGCUGGAAGCGCUGCUGGAGUCGGGGCUGACCAAGGAGACCUUGAUCAAGGCACUGAGCGAAGCGGAACCCUACGGGCUCCAGAGCGAAAGCCAGCGCGCUAUCAAUGCCCUCCAGACUGAAAAAGGGGAGCCCUGUCCUGACAUCCCCAACCUCCCCAACGGAAUGGGGGAGUCCAGGGUAUCAGAAGAUGAAACCUCAGAUGACGGAGAGGAAUUUACCCCUCCAAUAAUGAAGGAGCUGGAAAACUUGAGCCCUGAGGAGGCUGCUCACCAGAAGGCUGUGGUGGAAAGACUAUUACAAGAGGAUCCCUGGCGAGUAGCAAAGAUGGUGAAGUCUUACCUCCAGCAGCACAACAUCCCUCAGCGUGAGGUGGUGGACACCACAGGUCUGAACCAAUCCCACCUCUCACAACACCUCAACAAGGGCACUCCCAUGAAGACCCAAAAACGGGCAGCCCUGUACACCUGGUACGUCCGGAAACAGCGAGAGGUGGCCCAGCGUAAGUAUGGCAACAACUGCUCCCCUGUCUCAGUCUCACAAAGGCUUCUGCUCUCCCUUGCUCAUCCUUACUCCGUUUUAUUUUCAAGGAAAAAAUUCCCUUGCCCCUUUGUGCUUGCAGAAUUCACACACGCUGGCCAGGGUAUACUGACAGACGAGCCCAUGGGAGAUGACCUGCCCACCAAGAAGGGAAGAAGAAACCGCUUUAAGUGGGGUCCUGCCUCACAACAGAUCCUGUUCCAAGCCUACGAGAGGCAGAAGAACCCCAGCAAAGAAGAGAGGGAGGCACUGGUGGAAGAGUGCAACAGGGCAGAGUGUAUUCAGAGAGGUGUUUCCCCAUCUCAGGCCCAGGGACUGGGCUCAAACCUGGUGACAGAGGUCAGGGUUUACAACUGGUUUGCCAAUCGCAGGAAGGAGGAGGCUUUCCGGCACAAGCUGGCCAUGGACACCUUCAGCGGACCACAGCCCACCUCUGCCCCUUCUCUAACUCCCCACAGCUCUUCCUCCCUCCAGCCACCACCUGCUCUCUCACCCAGCAAAGUUCACGGAGUGAGGUACAACCAGCAGCCUGCCAGUGAGGCAGAAUCCUCCAGCAGCAACCACCAUGGGAACAGCUCCAUGGUGACCACCCAAACCAUCCUGCAUCAGGUUUCUCCUCCUGGACUGGAGCCCAGCCAGAACCUGCUGAGCACAGACACUAAGCUGGUAUCAGCUCCUGGCGGAACUCUCCCUCCUGUCAGCACCCUGACUGCCCUGCACAGCCUAGAGCAAAGCCCACACACGCUGAGCCAGCAGACCCAGAACCUGAUCAUGGCAUCCCUGCCGGGGGUCAUGGCAAUCGGGGCCGGCGAGACCCCGUCCCUGACCCCCGCCUUCACCAACACGGGAGCCUCCACCCUGGUGAUCGGCCUGGCCUCAACCCAGCCCCAGAGUGUUCCUGUAAUAAACAGCAUGGGGAGCAGCCUCACUACCCUGCAGCCUGUCCAGUUCUCCCAGCAACUGCACCCAUCCUACCAGCAGCCCCUCAUGCAGCAAGUCCAGAGCCACAUCAACCAGAGCCCCUUCAUGGCUACCAUGGCUCAGAUACAGAACCCUCAUGCUCUCUACGGCCCCAAAUCUGAAGUGACUCAAUACACGCACACAGGCCUCUUACCACAAACCAUGGUGAUAACAGACACUGCCAAUCUCAGCGCCCUGACCAACCUGACACCAACUAAACAGGCAUUCACACCUGACUCGGAGACUCACACUGAGUCUGGGAUGCACACACCAGUGUCACAGGCACCAACAAUCCAUCUACAGAACCAAGACACAACCAUCCAGCACCUUCAGCCAGCCCCACGCCUCACCUCGAGCCCUGCUGUGUCCUCCAGCAGCCUGGUGCUGUACCAAAGCUCUGACUCCACCAACAGCCACAGCCAGCUGCUGCCAUCCACUCACAACGUCAUUGAGACCUUCAUCUCCACACAGAUGGCAUCUUCCACCCAGUAACCACCACAAGUAGCUCCUGAGUGACUGCCACAACCAACCUGCCAGGUGCGACUCCAGCCGUGUUUGCCACCACAGCCGCACACAAGCCCCUUCUCAGCUGCCUCCAGGAGAGAAAAUGUCUCAGGCUCAAGACAGAAAACAUGGAAAGAUAAUGCUGGAACUGCUAAACUCCACUGUCCCCCCCUCUCCCAAAAGAGCAAACCUACACCACAGGAGCCAGCUCAGAAUGGCCAGACAUCCUUUUGUGGCUGCCCAGGAAGGAAUCCCAACGCUGCCAGGACGUGGAUGGGACUUUUAUUCAGCUGUACUUUCAUCAAGCUGAGCCUGCACAAACCUGCCAACACCAGACUAAAUCAUGUGGGAAAGAGCAAAGCUGAGCUGCCAAAGAAGGGACCACCUUUAAACACUCUCCUCCUUUGCUGCAAGGAAGCACCAACAGGAACUAGAAUAAGUAACAGCACCCUGGAAGUUUGUGAUUUUGCAACAAGAACAACCAAGAAACAGAUUUGAGAAUGGCUUGGCACAAACCUGUGAGUAUGGGGUCACCAACAAGCUACAAACCCUUAAUUAACUACCAAAAUACCAAACAUUCUCAGUGAAAAACGACCUGCUCUAAAAUCAUGCUAUCCUAGUGGAAAUGGCUUGGUUGUUUUUGAUAUAGCUCUGCUUUGUUUUAAAUGCAGAAAUUAAAGUUUAACAACUGCAAGGAGA